GCUACGGUCACACUAGCUGGUUAAAUAUUCAAUUUUUUUAAGUUACCUAUUUUUAACACAUUUUAUUUAAAAACAAGUUGUGUAUUUUGAAUGAAGAUUAAAGGGGAUUAAGAAAAGAGAGCCUUAUGCCGGUUUAUGGAGUACAGAACUUUCAAGGACUGCAAAAGCUUACCAGCGCUAUUUCCGAAUACUCGAUACAUCGAUACUUUCGUGAGUGGCUGACGCAGCUCCAGUUUGGUCCUUCCAGCUGGUAUCGUAUCUGUUGCCUGAUAUGGAGCAGCAGCCCCAUGCGAGAGCCUCCUCCUCGACGGCAGGUGGCAAGCCCCAGGACUCUGGCGUACUCACACGCGAGGACUUCGACGGCGGACCCGUCAGCAUCGACGAGGUGGACACGGGCCUGUUUCUGGGCAACCUCACAGCAGCCACGCACAUGGAGACGCUGCGCUCCUUCAAGAUCACGCACAUCCUCACGCUGGACUCGGUUCCCCUGCCGCAGCACAUCCUGGAGGCCAGCUUUCUGACCACCAAGUACAUCCAGAUCGCCGACAUGCCGCGCGAGGACAUUCUGCAGCAUCUGGAGGGCUGCGUGGACUUCAUCAGCGCCGCACUGGCCCAGCAGGGCAACGUCUUGGUUCACUGCUACUUCGGCGUGAGUCGCAGCUCCUCCACAGUCAUCGCCUACAUGAUGAAGCGCCACAACCUGGACUUCCUGCCCGCCUACGAGCUGGUCAAGGCAAAGCGCCGCUUUGUCCAGCCGAACGCCGGAUUUGUCAGCCAGCUAAAGCUCUUCCGGCGCAUGGGCUGCAAGAUAGACCCCAACUGCCAGCGCUACAAGAUCCACCGCCUGCGCCUGGCCGGCGAGCAGAUGCGCAAGGCCAAGAUCCUGCCGCAGAGCUUCCACAGCGUUGUCCGUCCGGACCCGGAUAUCACGCGCGAGAACCCAGAGCCGAUAGUGUUUCGCUGUCGUCGCUGCCGCCGCGUCCUGGCCUCCAAAUCGCACGUGCUGGAGCACAAGCCGCGCGACAGGCCGCCGCAGGAGGUGGUCCCCAAGGAGAAGGAAGAAGCCGCUGGCCAGGGUCAGUCGCAAGAUCAGGCCGAGAAUCCCAGUGGCCCCCGGAUGCUGGAGCAGCUGGCCGAGCGCAUCCGCCAGUCGUCGCUCGGUUCGCCCGGCCAUGAGGGCACGCCAAACUAUUGCCGCAGCAUAUUGUUUGUGGAGCCCAUUUCCUGGAUGCACCGCAUCAUGCUGAACACCCAGGGCCGACUCUACUGUCCCAAGUGUGAGCAGAAACUGGGAAAUUUUAGCUGGAUCAACGCCUGCAAGUGUCCGUGCGGGGAGACGAUGACGCCUGCAUUUUACCUAAUACCUUCCAAGGUGGAGCUCUCGAAGGCCGUGCAGAACGUGCAGACCACGGUUUAGGUGCAGCAUGCACGAAGUAGAACGAGAUGGCACCAGUUGCGGGCUUACUGGAUGCCCAUCAAACGCAGAUCGGCAAUCGCCCACCUCGACUAAAGCCACGGCUUUGAGCGGUGUUUGCAGUCCCUUGAGAGGAGUAUUGAACCAGACUGGAAGGGUAUUAAAUUGUGUUAAUAUAGUCCAAUCUAAGGACAAUUGCAUUAUACGCUUUGGUUUCUAACGUGUGACAUCUUUGAAACCCCGCCUUUAAAGAAAUCAACCUCGAGUGAUUUUAUGCACAUCGAGGUUUCUCAUAUACCACAUGUUAAAUUAAAUAUGUAAUGUUGGAAUUGUUUUAAGAUUACCCUAUAGUUACAUAGUUUCCUACCUAACAAAGUCUCACUUUGUUGUCCUGUGCUAUAAAACGCAUUAUUGCAUUGCUGAAAAUCUCCACCAAUCUGAGAUCUUUAAAAAGCAUACCCAUAACAAUACCUAAUAAUACCCCCUUGGGAAAACGAUCUCGAAUCGGUUAUAAACUUAUUAUCGAAGCUAGCAUAAUACAACAGGACACUUGUUUUCGAUGGACUUCCCAUAGUUAAUCAAAUGUAAACUAACAUAUCUCAGAAACCAACUUCGUAUGAAAUUAAUUCGCCAAAAAUCACUUUUCUUAAAAUGAGAAAUAAUCAAAGAGUAAAUAAUUCUUUCCAAAAGGCAAUACAAACAUUGACAAUUCGGGUUAAGUGGAAUUUUGUGAAACCAAAACUGAAAGGUUAGUAAGUAGUUUUAUUUAUAGUUGCAACUUGAAAAUAAUAUUGUUUCAUUUUAAAUAGUUAGCCAAUAUAUGUAUAUUUGCCUAUAUAAUUAAUUAUACACUUAAGUGCAUAUAUUGCACCCACAUUUGUUGGAAACCAUGAUACAAAAAUCGAUUUUUGCUGUUCCAUAUGCAUUUGCAUAGCUUUUUGCAUGUUACCAACACACACACUAUAAAUGUAUUUUAGAUAUUUUAA